AUGGUCUGUACACGACAUGUUCUUCUUAAGGAAAUAAAUACAUAUAUUGGGUUCGAUAUUGUUUCAUUAGAUAGAGGAGUAAUGACUUCUGUAGCUAAAACAGGAAAAGAAAAGAAGUUCUGGAUUUAUGCUUUUCGUGAUCAUCUUGCAGGUCUUCAGUGUUUUUCAAACUGUAUAGUUGUCGCUGAUAUUAAAGGUAAUGGCGAUUACAAAUUAGUUAUAGCAGAUGGUAGCCGACGACUUAAAGUUUUUGGUGGAACUUCUCUGGUUUCACAAUUACAAUUACUUUCUGUUCCUUCAUCCAUAACAGUUUUUUACGCAGAGGGUGGAGAUGAUGUACAACGACCGGUGAUAGCAGUUGCCUGUGGACCGUAUAUAUUUAUGUAUCGUGAUAUGAAACCUCUUUAUCGUUUUACAGUUCCUUCUGUAGAAUUAGAUGAAGUUGAUGUGGCUGUAUGGGAAGCACUUCGAAAUGACACCAUCUCUAUUCCAGAAGCAGCUGAUAUGUUAGAAGAUCGACGUCGAAAUGGUGUAGAACUCUCAACUCAUUCUACAGAUCUUUUAGCAUCUGAUAAUGCUCAGGAGCGAGAACGUAUUGUGGAAUCUUUUAAAGAUAAACCUAUUUCACAGCCUACUCUAGUAACCUGCAUGAGUUCUCUCCCUUUAGAAGGUACAGAAGAAGGAUGUCGUAGUUGUCUAGUAUUUGGUACAGAAAAUCGAUAUAUCUAUGUAUUAAAAAAUAGUUUUACUGAAAUACAUUUAAAAAUAAAAAUUCCUGGUGUUCCUGUUUCCAUUUUAAUAGCAGGAUCUUUACGGAUAGAUUACCGUAUUAUAGUUUCUUCUAGAGAUGGAUGUGUUUAUUGUAUUAAAAAUGGUAAACUUUCAGGAUCUGUUAUAUAUCCUGACGGACCAAUUGUACAGAUUGCUCGUUAUGAUAACCUUGUAGCUGUAGCAACUAUGCAAAAUACAUUAUCUUACUUUAAUUUAAAAGGUAAACGUCAAUCUUGUGUUUUUCUUCCUCUUCCAAUAACAAAUAUUGCUACCAUUACUGAAACUGCAACAGGUAAAGCUCGAGGUAUUAUUGUAGCACUUAAUAAUGGAACUAUUUGUGUUUAUGUUGGAAAAACACUAAUUCAUGAAAGUAAAGUCUAUAAUACAGUAACUGCUAUGCAUUUUGGUAGAUAUGGUCGUGAAGAUGCGGCACUCAUACUUGUUUUGCAAAAUGGAUCUCUUGUUGUAGAAAUGUUACAUCGACAUGCUUCUUUUGAGACUGAGAAGAUUAACGAUGCUGGUCCUCCUCCCGAACAAGAUGUGCCUAUUCCUGUACCAUCACUUACAAGUGUAUUUGUUGCCCAAGCUGAACGUGAGCGUACAUAUGGUGUUGAUAUGCAUAGAUCAUUUCAGAGAGAUCUUUGUCGACUUCGCCUUAAUACCGCUAAAUCAUACCUUUCAUUACUUUCAAAAGGUGUCGAAACAACUACUUUGGGUUCUUCAAAAACUAUUUCUGAUAAUUCUAUUCGUAUGAUGACAGUAGUGAAAGGUAUUGGUCCAGUAUUUAAGAUUCAAAUUACAUUACAAAAUACUAGUCAAAAACCUAUGGAUAAUUUGGUGAUUCUUUUAAAUUGUUCUCCAACGUUUUGCAAAAUACUGAAACUUUUUAUAGAUGUGCCCUUGCUUCUGCCUUCUGUUCUUUCUUCGCAUGAGGUACUUGUGGAACGUUUGGGUGAUAAUGAGGGGGACGAAGGAGUACAUGUAUGCGUUACUAGCCCUUCUGUUACAUCUCCCUUAGCCACGGCUACUGUUGAGUUGCCAGAUUUAGAUAUCAUUGAAGAUGGAAUGUGA